AUGGAAAAAAGUAAAUCUGAUCUUUUAAAAGAAACAAAUAGAUACAAACCGUUCGAUGAUUCAACUCUUAGAGAUGUAGAAGCUAAAACAAAAGUCACUCCUUUUUUGUACCGUGCCGUUUUUACCGCAGCUUUGAGUGUUAUUAGCACCGUGAUGUUAAUAUUAGAAAAAGACUAUAAUUUAACUCAAACUGAACAAACUUCGAUUGUUGGAGGUGGCGCAAUCGGCGCUCUGGGUGCAGGUGAUUUAGAAAAUGCUAGAAAUGUUUUGAGUAUAAUUUAUCCCGAUUCAUCUCAAGAAUUCUUGGAUAAAGAAAUUGAGGAUAUUCAUUCAGCUGUUUCUGAAGAUGCCAAGGGUUCUUAUGCAAAGCUAAUACAACCUCCUUAUUUAAAGCCAUUCUUAAUUGUAU